CAUUUUUAUACGUACAUAUGUACAUAAUAUUUAUGUAUGUAUAAGGGCAGAUGCGAAACUGAACGCGGUGUGCAACUUUAUAUUCUAUUUCGUGAGUCCUAAUUUGUGGAAAUACAAAAAGAAAUAAAUAAAUGAAAAGUUACUAAAUGUGUGCUUAAUCGUCGCUCAGCAUGUUAAAGUCAAAACAAUUGAUCCAACAAUUUGCUAAAGAAUAUGCCAAGUUUACGCCGACGAAUUUUAAGCUGCAGCGAGCAUUGGUGGUUACCAAGUUAUCCCGCUAUGAGUUCGAGCAACUGCGCCACCCGGAUCUGUCGCGGGAGCAGUUGGAGCAGAAGCUACGGGACCGUGGCACCGAUGUUGAAAUGGUCCUUUAUUUGCACAAUCUGCAUAAAGACUUUGAGCGCCGUAUCGUUCAGAGCUUUCAAGACGUUGGCUGUGAAGUGAAGUUGGCUAGCAGUUCACUGAGCAAAGACGUCAUGAAUUGGGCGGAUGUUAUUGUGCCCGUUGGUGGUGAUGGCACCUUUCUGCUUUCCGCUGGACGAGCGAGUCCACUCUUUGCCCUCAGCCAACAGAAAACCCCAAUUGUAGGCUUCAAUUCGGAUCCUCAACACUCUGAGGGCAGGCUCAUGCUCCCAAAACACUAUUCGGAAAAUCCGGCCGAUGCUGUAUCGCGCAUAAAAAGCGGCGAUUUUAAGUGGAUGCAUCGCUCACGCAUACGCACCACCUUGCUAGGUAUAAAUGGCAAAAUUCCGGAGUCAACCGAUCUAUUCAGGCACACGGUAACCAAAAUGGAGCAAGUGACGACAUCACCGGAAAUGCUAGACGAGCAUAUGGCUAGUAAAUACAAGGCCAAAAUGAAACGGGUAUUGCCCUAUCUGGCUCUCAAUGAGGUCUUUAUUGGCGAGCAGCUGUCGUCGCGCGUGUCCCAUCUACAACUUGUGCUCAAUCAUCAGGAUGUAGUCAAUAAAACAAAAUGCUCUGGAUUGUGCGUCAGCACCGGCACAGGCUCCACAUCUUGGCAUACAAGCAUUAAUCGCAUAACUGGAAGGGAUGUCGAAGAUUUGCUGCGUUCGCUGCCCAACAGCAAUGCCGCCGAUGUGGCUCAACUCAGGGAGAAUGUUGAAGAGAUUGCACAACGAUAUAAUCAGAGUCUGCUUUUUGCCGCCGACGAUCCACGUUUGUGCUACUCAAUUAGGGAGCAAAUUUGUGUGGGAGUUUGGCCCUCACCCAAAAAUUUUAAGGAACGCGACUUUGUGCAAAAUGUUUUUGUAAAGUCGCACUGCAUAGAUGCCAACCUUGUCAUUGAUGGCAGCAUCUCUUAUCCCUUCAAUGAUGGAGCCAAGGCUUUGUUAGAAGUCUGGCCUGAGGAUGCGCUGCUAACAAUUUCCCUUGACUGAGACUGUCUUAUGCUGAAAGUGCCUAUACUUAAGCUUUAAUAUUUAGUUUUUACCCCUGCUGCAUUUUAAGCAUGUCUGAAUUUUUGGAAAUUAUGUAUUUAAUUAGGCGUUUUGUAACUGCUUAGUCUAGUGUAAGCUCAAAAGUUAUUUGUUGAACUAUAAAAUACUUUGAUAACAAAUUAAUUUGCUUCUGAGGUAUCUUUA